AUGUUUAUCAAAUGGAAUUUAUAUGUCCCGAAGAUACUUAACGGUGGCAUUGCCGGGAUUGUUGGUGUCAGCUGUGUAUUCCCGAUUGAUCUUGUAAAGACUCGUUUGCAGAACCAAAGAGUGUCUCCUGACGGCAAAGCACAGUAUUCUGGAAUAAUUGAUUGCGCGAAGCAAACAUGGAGAGGUGGAGGAAGAACACUAUUUUCGAAAUUCCGAGGGCUGUAUUCAGGAGCAGGAGUUAAUCUUUUGCUGAUAACGCCAGAAAAGGCUAUAAAACUUGUGGCAAAUGAUAUCUUCCGGUAUCAUCUUGCAGUUCCUGGCCAGGAAAAACUUUCUGUGUUUCGAGGUAUGAUUGCUGGGGGAGGUGCAGGACUCUGCCAAAUUAUUGUCACUACACCAAUGGAACUGUUGAAGAUUCAGAUGCAGGAUGCUGGAAGGACUCAAACACCUAUGAAGAAGUUAACUGCUUCCGCGUUAACCUUGCAGUUGCUUAAGCAGAGGGGAAUUGCUGGAUUGUACAAAGGUUUAGGUCCGACUUUAGCUAGGGAUGUCACAUUUUCUGUGAUGUAUUUUCCAAUGUUCGCAUAUUUUGAUAGUUUGGGUCCCCGCUCAAGUGAUGGAAGUGGUGAUGCUGUUUUUUAUUGUUCAUUCCUCUCUGGUAUUACUGCUGGAGCAAUAGCAUCGUUUUCUGUGACUCCUCUCGAUGUAAUCAAGACUCGUAUGCAGUUGAUCAAAAGAGGAGUGGGAGAAAUUCAGUAUAAAAAUAUUGGUGAAGCUUUCAUCAAGAUUCUACGUCAGGAAGGCGUUAAAGCACUAUUUAAAGGUGCUGCGUGUCGUGUAAUGGUAAUGGCACCUCUUUUCGGUAUUGCUCAAAUGGUCUAUUAUAUUGGUGUUGCUGAAUGGUGUAUGGGGAUUCCAAAAGUGGCUCACUAG